UGGUACUGGCAACCAAUAUUGCGGAGACAAGUUUGACAAUAGACGGUAUUUAUUACGUUGUUGAUCCCGGUUUCUUCAAACAAAACGCAUAUGACCCUCGUGUGGGUAUGGACUCCCUUGUGGUGACCCCCAUCUCCCAAGCCCAAGCGCAACAAAGAAAAGGUCGAGCUGGCCGCACUGGGCCCUAG